AUGGCUUCUGAUGCCUCCAACAGCAGCUCCUCCUCCUUCAUCCUGGUGGGUUUCCCUGGCCUGGAAGCUUUCCCCACCUGCCUGGGUGUCCUUUUCUGCUCGGCCUAUGUCCUGGCCCUGGUAGGAAACGGGGCGGUGUUGCUGGUCACUGGGCUGGACAAGUCCCUGCGUGCCCCCUGCCACCGGCUCCUGGCCAUGCUGGCGGCCGUCGACGUGCUCAUGGUGACGGCCGUGGUCCCCAAGCUGCUGGGCGUGCUGUGGCUGAACUCUGCCGAGAUGGGCUACGUGGCCUGCUUUGUCCAGAUGUUCCUCGUCCACUCCGCCACGUCGGCGGAGUCGGGAUUGCUCCUGGCCAUGGCCAUUGACCGCUACGUGGCCAUCUGUCACCCCCUCAGGUACCACAGCAUCCUGAGCGCCCGGGCCAUGGCCCAGAUGGGCCUGGCCAUCGUGCUCAGGGCUCUCCUCUUCAUGGUGCCCCUGAUGGGGCUGAUGUUCCCCUCUGACCUGACACCUCACGUCCAAGUCCUGGUGGCUGACUGGUAUCUGACUGUCCCUCCCACGCUCAACGCCCUCGUUUAUGGCAUAAAGGUGAAGCAGAUCCAGGAGGGGACCCUCAGACUGCUGGGGCAGCUGGCAGGACUCAGGCUCACGAGCUGCUAA